AUGACACAAUCAAACUUCACCUCCGCUCUCCUAGCGGGAGCCCUCGCCGGUACCACGGUCGACCUCACCCUUUUCCCUCUCGAUACUUUAAAAACCCGCCUACAAUCUUCCGCCGGCUUCAUUGCCUCUGGAGGCUUUACAGGUGUGUAUCGGGGAGUAGGUUCUGCCAUAAUUGGCUCUGCGCCCGGAGCUGCAUUGUUCUUUUGUACAUACGAAGCUACCAAAAGCGCAUUUGCGAAACGACGAGAUACCUUAAAUGCAAAUAUACCUGGGGGUCGCGAAACGGGGAAAGCAGUUGAGCAUAUGGUUGCAGCAAGUCUGGGAGAGAUUGCCGCUUGUGCGGUUCGUGUGCCUACGGAAGUUGUCAAGCAGAGAGCUCAGGCGGGGCAAUAUUCAAGCUCCUUACUCACGCUCAAGGCGAUUUUGGGACAAUACAAACACAUUGGGGUUGCAGGAGUGUGGAGGGAACUCUAUCGCGGUUGGAGUGUUACCAUAAUGCGGGAAGUGCCGUUUACAAUCAUACAAUUUCCUCUCUGGGAAUCUAUGAAGGCAUACAGGAAGAGAACAAGUGGAAGAGAUACUGUGAACGCAGUGGAGAGUGGGCUUAUAGGAAGUCUUGCGGGCGCAGUCGCGGCUGCGGCUACUACCCCUUUGGAUGUGCUGAAGACGAGGAUGAUGUUAGAGAAGCAGAAGAAGUCGACGAAGGUAUUGUUGAAGGAGAUAAUAGCUACGAGUGGUCCUAAGGCAUUCUUUGCAGGGAUAGGCCCAAGAGUAAUGUGGAUUAGUAUUGGAGGGGCGAUAUUCUUGGGUAGUUAUCAAUGGGCAUACAACGAAUUGGCUAAGGAGGGAAAAUGA